AUGCCGACCGCUGUCGGGGCUCCCCUGGUACUUACCAGGAGCGCUCCUGGCAUGCCGCCGGAGACUUCCGAGGACCCCGCUAGGACCUCUCCUCCUCCUCAAUCAAGUCCGGCACGCUCUGGUGCCGGCAUAGCUCCAUCCUCCCUUCGCGGGGGGAAAACAAAUUCGGGGUGCGCGGCCCCUAACUCGCCAGAUCACCACGCGGAGGAGGAUUUUAUCUCCCCUCCAGAGUUUGAAGACACCGGCGCCAACAACAUGGGCACCGGUACCGAAGACGCCGGGCGGUCGAAAACUCUGGUUCCGCCCGUCCCCAAGAUCAAGAAGAAGAAGAAGAAGACUGCCUCUUCCCCCUCCAAACCUCUGCCGGAAACCUCCGCUCCGGCAGUUCCUUCGCCGGCAAAGGAAACUCCCGCGCCCCCACCGGCAAAGGAUGCUCCUGCGCCGCCACCGGUAAAGGAUGCUCCUGCUCCUCCACCGGCACCUCCGGCCGGCACAACUGCUUCAGCUGCUCCGCCAAUUCCUCCGGCCGGCACGAUCAUCACCACGCAGCAGCUAACUGCAGCGGUUACUGCUGCGACCGCGCCCCCUUCCGGCUCCCAGGGGCAAUCCCUGGUACUUCACACUAGUCGUGCCUCGGUUUCUGCUGGCGAGAAGGCCUCAGCUCAGCUGGGCCGGAUCGUUCAAGUGACCUGCGGCGAGGUCGAUCUGGGCGGCCUCCAGGAGUACGUGGACAAGUGGAACCGGGCGGAUCUUUCCCCCACCACCUGUGGCCUCGGCAAGGACAAGCUGCCGGUUGUGGACAACUCCGGGCCGCGGAGCACGACGCAACACCUAAGCCGGCUCAAGCGUGCGGUCAAGGAGUUUGACACGGCCUGGCACGACGCCAGCGCCAACGUGGUGGGCACCCUCGCCACCCGGAAGGAACUCUUUGAGGGGCUGUUGUGGGAGUACCGGGACCUCAGCGCUGCCUUCACCGCCCUGGAGCAGGCCCAUAGCCAGUGCCCAGCUGCCCUCCCGAAAGCCUCGCUUGAGGAGCUUAGAGGCCAAAUCUCGGCUCUCAAGGCUGAGAAGGAGAAGCUUGCCCUUGAGCACAGCAAUGCUCUGGAAGCCCACCAGACCAACUUUGGUGAGCUAAAACAGAAGCUGAUCCAGGGCGAGGUGGAGCACGCCGAGAAGGAGCUUGCGGAUGCCACGGGGAAGCUGAAGGAGGAGCUGGAGGCCAAGGCCAAGGCGCUCAAGGAGGCGGAGGACCGGAACGCCACGCUGCUUGCAGAUCAAGCUGAGUUCGACCGGUUGGUUGCUCAAGCUGACAACCAGGCGCUCAAGCUUUUCUCGGACUCCCAGCCGCUCGCGCAUAAGAGGGUCAUGGAGCUGCGCGCUGAGCAGGGCGUUGCCGAUCCGGAGGCCGCAUGGAGCGCAUACGACCAUCUUGUCGCGCUCUCCGCCCGGAUCACUCAUAUGAAGGUUCACAUGCGUGCGGACGCACCCACCAAUACCGAUCCGGCCAAAGCUGCCAAGCAUCGCGACCGCGCCUACCGGAUCGCCCACUUUUUCUCCACCAGCACCUUCAUCCCUCCUCCGGCUGACAUCACUGAUGAAAUCUCUGAGGAUGAGGAGGAAGAGGAUGCCGAGGAAGAUGAAGACGACGCCGAGGAGAUCCCGGAAGAAGGUGCCGUGCCUCCAGAGGAAGCUCCGGUAGCCCCAGAAACUGUCCCUGAACCAGCUGCUGUGCCAGGCCAAGACUCUUCAUCUCCUAUGUACCACAGUCCUUAA